AUGACCUCCCAAAACGAUGUCAUUGCCCCAACACUUGAUCCGCAGGCCGAGGAGCAUAUCAAGGAGAAGAGCCGCAAACGAACUCUCGGCAAUCUGCGACUGAUUGAUCAAGAAACGAAUGCCGUGAUUCUGGUCCCCACGCCAUCCUCUGACCCCAAUGAUCCGCUCAACUGGUCGAAAGGGCGCAAAUACUAUGUCGCUGGCGUUCUCUGCCUGACCAUGGCAGUGUGCAACUUCCUAGCAGCUGGGCCAGCCAUCGCCAUGGUGGCCACGGCUAUGGAUUUCUAUCCAGAUGCUUUGGCCAAUGGCACACUAAUUACUUCAGCCAUUCCAAAGGCUGCGUACUUUUUCACUACUACGUCUUUGCUUCAAGGCAUGGGCAACAUUGUCUGGGUCCCUGCUGCCAACAAAUGGGGCCGCCGGCCAGUAUACGUCGUGAGCUACGCAAUCUACCUUGCCAUGGCUAUAUGGCUCAUCUUUGAAAAAUCGUAUGCCAGAUUCCUGGUGGGAAGAAUCCUUAUGGGAUUUGGUUCUGGCGCGGCAGAGACGCUUGCGCCCAUCUCCAUUGCGGACAUCUUCUUUCUCCACGAAAGAGGAGGGGUCAUGUCUGCGUAUACCUGCUUUUUAUCUGUGGGCGCGGCUGGAGGUCUGAUAAUAUCUGGUCUGAUUACAAUAGACCAUACUUGGAGAACCAUCUAUCAAGUCGGCGCUGCUUUGGUGGGCUUUGUCCUUCUUCUCCUUAUUUUCACUGUGCCCGAGACCAGCUAUUUGCGGCCGGGUCAUUAUGAACCGCCCUCUUCAGACGCGUCAGAUGAGAAACAGCCAUCAGUUGUACGCCAAGAGGCACGGAAUUCCACAAGGAAAAUGAGCUACAUUGAGUCGCUUUUGGUAUUCAAGGCUGCGGGUACGAGCGAAAACAUGUUCAAAAUGAUGAUUCGCCCCUUUGGCUUGAUUAUCCUCCCGCCGGUGCUAUGGGCUGCUAUCUCUCUAGCAGUGACCAUCGGGUUUCUAGUGGCGGUUACAUCCAACUCGGCUGCGGCUUUCAACCAGACGUACGGCUUUGCUUCGUACCAGGUUGGGCUCUGCUACAUCGCCGCCGUCAUCGGCUCUCUCUGUGGACUACCAGCAGGUGGCCACCUUGGGGACAAGGUUGCCGACAUCUUGACGAAGCGAAACAAUGGCAUUCGAGAACCGGAGAUGCGACUACCGGCAGUGAUGAUAUCUGCAAUCACCGCGCCACUUGCGCUGAUUCUCUAUGGCGUUGGUAUUCAGUACAAGCUUCACUGGAUAUGCCCAACCAUAGGACUAGGCCUCCUCAACUUUUCCAUCACGCAGUCCAAUACGAUUUGCAUAGUCUAUGUCAUUGAUUCUUACCGUCCAGUGGCAGGUGAGAUAACGUUGGCAGUCACCGGAUUCAAGGCCCUAUUCGCCUUCUUUCUCUCCUUUGAAACAAAUCCCUGGGUCGACCUCUCUGGCUACCAGGACGCAUUUGGAGCCAUGGCGGGAAUUGCGGGGGGAGUCCUCCUUAUGUGGAUCCCCUUGUAUUUCUGGGGAAAGCAAAUUCGGCAUUACUCGUGGCAAUGGAGGGUCAUUUCAUUUAUACACUGGGAUAACGACCGUGAAGUGGGAGAGUAA